GUAGCAUAGAGAUAGAAGAACAUGGUUCCUCCCCCCAUUGUCCCAGUCAAAAACCAUCAAAUUGCACAUGAUGAUUCUGAAAAAAGAAUUAGUAUUAAAACAAGUCAACUUAGUUUCCUAUCUCCUUCCUACAUUUUGCUAGUUCUCAAGUCUCAAAUUCUCUAAACAACCAUAUAAAUCACCAACAUUUUCAACUCUCAGAUUCAAACAACUCCUCAAUCAAAUUUGAUUUUUCUCUUUACAUCUGCCUGUUCCAUUUCCAAAAUCCCCCCAAAAACAAUAGAAAAUCCAUGGCACAGUUCAACAAUAGCAACAGCAUUAUUAACAAUGGUGAAGUGCAUCACUCAAAUUUAAGGCAUCUUCCAAGGCGAAUAAUCUUAGUACGACAUGGGGAGAGCGCAGCCAACAUAGAUGAACAAGUCUACGGCAAUACACCUGACCAUAGAAUCUCGUUAUCAAUAGACGGAAUCGAACAAGCCCGAGAAGCCGGUCGGAAGAUCCUGGAUAUGGUUAAUUCAUCCGGAAACAACAACUGGAAUGCCUACUUUUAUGUGUCUCCUUACCAGCGGACAAAGUCAACUCUAAGGGAGAUUGGCCGGGCAUUCCCGAGAAACCGAGUUGCCGGAGUUAGAGAGGAAUGCCGGAUCAGGGAACAGGAUUUCGGGAACUUCCAGGAUAAAGCGGAGAUGAAGAAGCUCAAGGAAGAUAGGGAUAGAUAUGGAAGGUUCUUUUACCGGUUCCCGUCUGGAGAAUCCGGAUCUGAUGUUUACGAUCGGGUUUCAAGUUUUUUGGAAUCCUUAUGGAGAGACAUAGAUAUGAACAGGCUUUCCAUUGACCCAUCUGCUGAGUUGAACAUUGUGAUCGUGUCACACGGAUUAUCGAUUCGGGUUUUUCUUAUGAGGUGGUUCAAGUGGAGUGCUGAACAAUUUGAUGCUCUCAAGAGCCCGAAGAAUUGCGAGAUCAGAGUUCUGGAGUUGGGAUCGAGCGGAGAAUACAGUUUGGCUAUCCAGCAUGAUGAUCAAACUCUGCAGGGAUGGGGACUCUCCCCUGAAAUGAUUGAUGAUCAAAAGCAAAGAGCCAAUGCGAAACCUGGAAAAUAUGUUUGGAAGGAAAGGAGUCCAUGGUACCUCAACACUUUCUUCGAUUCAGUUGAUUCUUCUGAUCAGGUUGAUGGUGAAAAAGUUGAUCAGCCUUAGACUAUUUUGCUGUCUUUAUUAAUUAGUACUAAAGACAGAAACCUUCAUGUAUUGUUGUUGUUAUAGCUGCUCAUAUGGAUGCGAGCUUCUUGUACUCUUCCAUGAUUAAAGACAGAAACCUUCAUGCAUUGUUGUUGUUAUAGCUGCUCAUAUGGAUGCUAGCUUCUUGUACUCUUCCAUGAUUAACCUCCUCAAUCAUAUAUUUGGGUAGAAUUGGAGGAAUAUAACAGAAAAAAACAGAACAAAAAUCUGUUUCACAACUUUUUCAAACUAAUGUAAUUUAUGGUAAUGGAAAGGUCGUUGACGUAGUAACUAUGAGUCUAUGAGUUCAUUGUUCAGAUUUUAAUGUUUAAAUUGGAAUGUUUUAUUAAGUUUCUCUUAAAUCUAUCAUCAUUCCUGAACAUCAUGAUGUAAUUGAGAAUCCCCUCUAUGGUUUCCAACUAAUGCUCAGUUGUUUUGGCUCUUUUGGUGACCUGGUCUUUCUGAACAGAAUCAGCUGAACCGAAGAAGUAUUUGAGGUACCAUGAUGGACUCUUGCCCUUGGGAACAUAUGUUCCAGGUUCAUCAUUGGCUCUUUGCUUUUGAUCCUCAAUCAUUUCAUCCGAAAGUCCCCAUGCUUUCAGCGUUUCAUCAGUAUGUCGGAUCGCCAAGCUAUAUUCUCCACUGGCUCCUAACUCCAUAACUCUGAUCUUGCCGGUUUCAGGGCUUGUAAGAGAUUCAAAUUGUUCAGUGCUCCACUUGAACCACCUCAUAAGAAAAACUCGAAUGGAUUCGUCAUGGGACACAAUCACAAUAUUCAUCAACUCUGCAGGUGUGUCUUUGGAAAGCCUAUUCAUGUCUAUGUCCCUCCAUAAGGAUUCCAGAAAAUCUGAAAAAUUAAGACACACAAGAUUAGCUGCUAAUUUUUGUGAAUGAUACACUCAGGACAAGGAAAUUAUAAUUCAUCUUUGUUACAAAACACGAUUCAAUUGACAUCGUAGGUUUUACUAAUGAAGAAGUUGAAAAAAAUGGUAUAGAGUGUCUCAAAACUUACUUGAAACGCGGUCAUAAACAUCAGCUGCAGAUUCUCCGGACGGGAAUCGAUAAAAAAAUGUUCCAUAUUUUUUACUUUCCUCCUCGUGAUCAUUUUUAGGCCUGAAGUUGCCAAAAUCCUGUUCCCUGAGUCUGCAUUCCUCUCUGAUUCCGGAAAUAUGAUUCCUCGGGAAUCACCUGCAAAUCUCCUGGACAGUUGACUUGGCGCGCUUGUAAGGGGAAACGUAAAAGUAGGCCUUCCAGGAAGUUAAACUUCCAUGUUCAGAAACCAAAUCCAGGAUCUUCACACCUGCUUGAAUGGCUUGAGAAAUUCCUCACUGGAUAAUGGGAUUUCAUGGUUAGGUGUAAACCUGUAGAGUUUUUCAUCGGUGUUGGCGUCGCUCUCGACAUGGCAUACCAGGAUUAUUCGCUGGGGAAGACGCCAGUUCAUCAUAUUCGAGUUAGCGUUGGGAGGGAUGUUAUACAUUGUGCAUCCUAAUUAGCUAGAUAUGAUGUGGUUGGAAAUUGAUUGAAUUUCAUAUUCUGAGUUUUUGUGUGAUUUUGAGCUUUAUAUAUAGUGAGACUUUGUGACCAGCAAAUAUGUGGAAGUAUAGAUGUAGAUUCAUGUCAUGUAAACUCAACAUGUGUGUUGU